AUGAAUUCACGGUCUAUAAACGGGUCUUAUUUGCCGUCUCACGAGGCAAGGCUAGCCAGCGAGUCCCGAAUCGCUAAGAUUAAUGAAAUUUACCAUCAAGCCAGAAGGAAAUAUCAACAACAUCGCGAUUCGGUGAUAUCGAACAGUUCGACGUCUGUACAGGACGUCGAAGACACAGACCACUGUCACCCGAUUGAAACCAUUGGAAUUGGAGACCAGGUGUUAGACCCACCUGUUAAAGAAGAAACAGUGACGAUAAAACGACAACCUUUUGAGAGUCGACUUGAGGAUCGACUAGAAAAUCGACUCGAAGAUCGAUUCCAUGAUCGCUUAGAGACUCCCAAAAGCAAUGCUUCCUCCCCAUUCCAAGAUAAUUACCAAGAAGAACUUGAAUUUACCCCUCAAUUGAGAACAAAACGCAGUAUUUUGACGUUCAGAUCUCUGGGCCAGGGUACACCGCGGAAUCAGGAAAAUCGAAAUCCAGCGUCUCGACGAAAUCUUUUCACGAGAAGAGAACGUUUCCAAGAACUCAAGAAAAGGCUCGGCGAGCCGGUCCCGCUCGAGUAUUUGAAUCACAAUAGUGGCAGUGCGCCUACUGACAAACUAGAAGCGUUCUUGAACCGUUCGCACGAUUUAGACCUAAGCAGUGUUCCAAAAUCCCAUUCUGAGUUGUACGAUGUUUCUCAUACGCCACGUGAGGUGACAGGUGCGACCUCUGGCUCUUCAUUAGCGGGACCAAGCUUCAUGAAUAACGAAUCGAUGAUGGCGCCGAACCGAAUACAAGACAUCGAUGACCUGGUAAGGUCCAACACGGAUAAACUCGAUCAAAUAAUGUUGUUACUGAACGACAUUGCAAGAAAUCGGCAUAAUUCGGAAAUCACAUUUUGGUCAAUCUGCAUUGUAAUUCUCAUUAUUUUAAACGUCUAUGUGUACAAGUUGUAA